AUGGCAGACUUGGAAAAUUUGCUCCUUGAGGCAGCGGGAAGAACCAAUUCAGCUGGGAAAAAACGGCAGCGACUUCCACCGAGGAAGCAACAUGGAGGUUCCUAUUCUGAUGACGGAAGUGACUCCAGGGAUGAAGACUCUGAUUAUGACCGUAGUUAUGCAAGCAGGAAGCCCUCUCAAGUUCCUCUGAAGAAGAGGCUUGAACAUGAAAUGAGCAGUGAUGAAGAAAGUGAUUAUGGCGAUGGUUCUGACCAUGAGGGUGAAAACAGUGAUGACUCUGAUGUUGGCCCUGAUCUAUACAAGAAUGAAGCUGACCGAAAAUGGCUGGCAGAAUUGAGUGAACUUGAAAGAGAGAUGAUUUUGACAGAUCGAGCAGAAAAGAAAGAUGGUAAGGAUUUUAUGGAGAAAUUGAGAUCAAAGAGAGGCAAUGCAAGAUCUACCCAAUCAAGGAAAGAGACUUCUCCUCUUCCAUUGUCUCGCGGUGUACGCUCAUCAGCUAGGACUGCUGACAAGACAGCUGCUAUGGACGAUGCAUUGAAUCAAUUACGAGCAAAACGUCUGAAGCAACAAGACUCGAAGGCUCACCAUAAGUUGAGGGACGCAUCAAGAGCAAGUGAAGGUAGCCAGGGUACUUCACCAAUCAAGAGCAAGUGGAGUCUGAGUAACUCCAGUCAAAUUGAGAAUGCAAGUGGGUUACACAGUGAAGACGAAGCAUCAAGUGCAGAUGGUGAAUUGCUUGACAGCGAUGAAGACGUGUCAGAGCCACCAACAUUUCAGGAGAUAAAGGAAAUUACUAUCCCAAGGUCAAAACUUGCAAAAUGGUUUAUGGAACCAUUUUUUGAGGAGUUAAUUGUGGGUUGCUUUGUUAGGGUUGGAAUUGGGAGAUCAUCAAGUGGUCCUGUCUACAGGCUUUGCAUGGUUCAGAAUGUGGAUGCCAUGAAUCCUGACCGGCAGUACAAGCUGGAGGGUAAAGUCACACAUAAACAUUUGAAUUGUGUUUGGGGCAGUGAAAGUUCUGCUGCCAAGUGGCAGAUGGCUAUGGUCUCAGAUUCUGCUCCCCAGGAGGAGGAGUUUAAACAGUGGUUUAAGGAAGUAGAGCGUACUGCUGGCCGAAUGCCAAGCAAACAAGAGGUAUUAGAAAAGAGGGAGAUGCUUCAAAAAUCGAAUACAUAUGUUUACUCAGCAACCACUGUGAAGCAAAUGCUGCAGGAGAAAAAGUAUGCCUCAUCAAGGCCAGUAAAUAUUGCAGUUGAGAAGGAUAAAUUGAGGAGGCAGUUGGAAAUUGCAGAAAGUAAGGAUGAUGAGGUGGAAGUUGAGAAGAUCAAGACAAGGCUCCAGGAAUUGGAAGCAUCCAGGCAAACCCAGGGGAAAGAUACCAAGGCUUUUAGAUUAGCUGAGAUGAACAGGAAGAACAGGGUUGAGAAUUUUAAAAAUGCUUCAGGAUUGAAACGAGUGAAUAUGAAUCUGAAAGCUGGGGAGGCUGGUUAUGAUCCAUUCUCAAGACGAUGGACUAGAUCGAGAAAUUACUAUGUUGCAAGGCCUGGAGGAGGAGGUGCUGAAGCUGCUGAGGCAACAGAGGGAACUGCAGGUGUAGCCAGUAACGAGGACAAAGCAACAGCAACAGGAAAGAGUGGCAUGGAAGCAACAGAGGCAGCGCUGGAAGCUGCAGCUGGUGCAGGGAAGUUGGUUGAUACAAGUGCUCCAGUGGACAAAGGGACAGAGUCAAAUAUGCUGCACAAUUUUGACCUGCCAAUCUCGUUGGCUCCACUUCAGAAGCUUGGUGGACCUCAGGGCGCUCAGAUUGCAUACAUGACGAGGAAACAAAAGAUAGAAGCAACAGUUGGGUGCCGAGUGCGGGACGACGGGAAGAAGCAUGCUUCGACACUGUCUGUUAAUGACUAUAUCAGAAGAAGAGGGCUUCUCAACUAG